CGCGCUGCGCCUCAGUGAAGGACGGACCGCAACCCGAGCACACCCCCCUCUCAGAGCCCAGUAUCAGGCCUUCUGUCUAAACAGAACCGGAACACUAACCGCGCUGAAUGUGACUUCGCGCACAAGCAGGCAGCUCGCGACCCGGUCCGGUCAAACCGUUCGACCGACGGCUCCUCUUGACUGACGCGCUCCACAUGCGAUUCUUCAGACUGUCCUUCAAGUGUUUCGUGGACUGCUUCUGACGUCCUUCUGACGUCCCGCUUCCGUCGCACACUUCAACCGCGCGCUCGUUUGCUAAAUAUCUGAAACCUUGUUUAAAAAAAAAACCGUCGACGACCUUCCGCUGCUCAGCCGCGCGCCGAGGAGCCGCGCGCCGAGGGACGGAGCGGGGGCCAAGAGCCGAGUGCAGAGACCGGGUCGUGGAGGAGCCGAGAGAACCGCGGCUCAGACACCAUGCAGGGCUCCGGAGAGAGAGAGAGCGGCCCCGGGCUGCAGGAGGAGAAGAGGGGGCAUCUCAUCCCUAACGGACACCGCGCCUCCGCGGGGGGGCUGAACGGCAGCCUGCCGCCCGCCGCGGACGACAAGGAGAAGGGGGGCUACCCGCCGGAGCUGGGGGGCUACCCGGAGCUGGGGGGCUACCCGGACUCGGUGGGCUACCCGGACCCGGGGGUUUACCCGCCAGAGCGGGUGGUGCCCGCUUACCAGGAGCGCGAGACGUGGACGCGGCAGAUGGACUUCAUCAUGUCGUGCGUGGGCUUCGCUGUGGGCCUGGGCAACGUGUGGCGCUUCCCGUACCUGUGCUACAAGAACGGCGGAGGGGUGUUCCUGAUACCAUACCUGCUGAUCGUGUUGGUGGGGGGGAUUCCAAUCUUCUUCCUGGAGAUCGCAUUGGGACAGUUCAUGAAGGCAGGCAGCAUCAACGUGUGGAACAUCGCCCCCCUCUUCAAAGGUCUGGGCUAUGCCUCCAUGGUGAUUGUAUUUUUCUGUAACACCUACUACAUCAUGGUGCUGGCCUGGGGCUUCUACUACUUCAUCAAGUCCUUUAACUCUGUCCUGCCCUGGUCCACCUGUGAUAACGAGUGGAACACGCCUAGCUGCAUUGAGUUCUUCCGCCACCCCAACUGUGAGAACGGCAGCCUGGCCAACGCCACCGCCGCCCCCAACCUCACCUGCCUGCAGCUGGCCGAAGGACACUCACCCAUCGUAGAGUUCUGGGAGAACAAGGUCCUGGGUAUCUCUGAAGGACUAGACCACCCUGGUCGGAUGAACUGGGAGAUGCUCCUGUGUCUGGUGGCCGUCUGGAUCCUCGUCUAUUUCUGUGUCUGGAAGGGAGUCAAGUCUACUGGCAAGAUCGUGUACUUCACCGCCACCUUCCCCUACGUGGUCCUGGUGAUCCUGUUUAUCCGCGGGGUCACGCUCCCCGGAGCGUACGACGGCAUCAUGUACUACAUCAAGCCUGACUGGAGCAAGCUGGGAGAGGCUCAGGUAUGGAUUGAUGCAGGUACUCAGAUAUUCUUCUCCUACGCCAUCGGCCUGGGAGCUCUGACCGCACUGGGCAGCUACAACCGCUUCAACAACGACUGCUACAGAGACGCCUUCAUGCUGGCCCUGAUCAACAGUGGCACCAGCUUCUUCGCCGGUUUUGUGGUUUUCUCCAUCCUCGGCUUCAUGGCUGCGGAGCAGGGGGUCCACAUCUCCCAGGUGGCCGAGUCAGGGCCUGGUCUGGCCUUCAUAGCAUACCCCAAGGCCGUGAGUUUGAUGCCAGUGGCGCCGGUCUGGGCAGCGCUGUUCUUCUUCAUGCUGCUGCUACUGGGACUGGACAGCCAGUUCGUGGGGGUGGAGGGCUUUGUCACCGGGAUGCUGGACUUGUAUCCAGGGCGAUCCUACCAUCGCUAUAAGAGAGAAAUCGCCGUGGCAAUCUGCUGCUUCCUCUGCUUCAUCAUCGACCUUUCAAUGAUAACCCAGGGAGGGAUGUAUGUGUUCCAGUUGUUUGACUACUACUCAGCCAGCGGCAUGACCCUACUGUGGCAGGCCUUCUGGGAGUGUAUCGUAGUGUCCUGGGUGUAUGGGGCGGACCGCUUCAUGGACGACGUGGCUCGUAUGAUUGGCUACCGGCCCUUCCCCUGGAUGAAGUGGUGCUGGAGCUUCAUCACACCCUGCGUAUGCAUGGGUAUCUUCCUGUUCCACCUGGUGAACUACAAGCCCCUGACCUACAACAACGUGUACGUGUACCCCUGGUGGGGCGAGGUGAUCGGCUGGUGUCUGGCCCUCUCCUCCAUGCUCUGCAUCCCUGUCAGCGUGCUCUACAAGCUGUUCAGAGCCAAGGGCUCCUUCAAACAGCGUUGGGCCCACCUGACUACGCCGGUGUGGGGGCCCCACCACAUGGAGUACAUGGCCCCUGACGCCCACAGCCGGGCCCCGGCCCUGCCCCCCUGCAACGCAGACCACAACAAGGUGAUCAUCUUCGAGAGUGUCAUGUAGGCCACGCCCACCACCAACAGCCCCCCGCCGGGCACUCAGCCCCCCCCCCCCACCUUCAACAAAACCCUGAAGAAACAGGGUGGAGGCUCAUGGUGGAGGAGGGACGCGGGGCCCAGGGUGGAGGAGGGACGCUGGGCCCAGGGUGGGGGGGGGGGCCGGACGCCAUCUUGGUCUCUUCAGUGUUUUUAAGUCUCCAUGUCUUCCUCGUUACUAUUGGCUGUUUGGGAAUCACAUAGCCAAUGAGGUCCUUUUAGGACAGAGUCAUAGACACGCCCCCCCCACCCUCCCCAAGAGCUCAUCACAAAUACAGUGCCAUGCACAAAAGGUACUGAGGCACUCUAGGACAUCUACCGUACCCAAACUAUAACCCGAUAUUACACCUGGUCUGACCUCUGACCAGAUCCCAAAUUAUGUCUACUACCUCUAACCAUAACAAACCCUAGUCUGACCUCCACCUGACCUCCAACCUGACUCCUAGUGCCCUCUGUAAACCUCUUCCCUCUAAUGACCUCUAACCCUUGACCCGACCUCCAAGGUCAGAGUGCCAUACGGAGUGUUUAAACCCCCUAGGGGCCCGGCUGCCAUUUCAUCAUCAACCUCUGGAGAGAGGGGGAGAGGGGGAGAGGGGGACAGAGAGAGAUGGAGUGUGAGAGAGGGAGAGUGAGAUCGAAGAAAUUACAGUACUAGCCAAUCCAUGCCUUAUGUUGUUGUCUUAACUCUAGCGCCCUGUCAGUCACAUGACCGGUCAGUCACAUGACUAGCCAAACCCUCGGCCCUCUGUCUACGGCCAAAUCAAGCCUCGCUUCCAGGGGGCGUGUCUACAACUCUGUCACCUAGCAACCACUAGAUACCAUCAGUGAUAACCCUGUACGUCAGAUAGAUUAAAUAACAACCAGUAUUUGCACAUUGUUGUAAAAUACUACUGUUGGCACUUUUAAAAAAAAAAAAAUGUUUGAAAUAACAGCUUAUGUUUUACAUCAGAGAUUAGAUCAGAGAUUUAUUUUGUGAAGGCUUUUAUUUUGCUGAUACAUUAUAUACUGUAUAUUCUGUGUAAUAUAUUUGAUGCAGUAUUUGUGAUAAAGAUGUUUUCAGAUCACGUUGAGCUAACAGCAGGAGUAGGGCUGCUGGCGAUGCGUUUACUUAGCGAUGCGUUUAACCAGCGUUUAGCUAGCGAUCUGUUAAGCUAGCACUAAGCUAGCGAUCAGUUUAGCUAAGGUUUCGCUAGCGAUCUGUUUAGCUAGCAUUUCGCUAGCGAUCCGUUUAGCGAUGCUAAACGGUAGCGAAACCCAAAGCAGCUCAUUUUUAAAUAUGACAAAUGCAAAGCUCUAGGCUGCAUCAUGUAAAAUAAAGCUUUUCUAAUUUAAGAUAACAAUGUAUAGCAGUAUAGUAUAGAAUAUAAUAGUAUAGUUAAGUAUUUUAGUCGGCAGCUAGCCAACAUAGAUGCCAGAAGGCAGCCUCAAUAAUUGAUCCAUUUUAUUAUUGAUUAAUAUUGUUUCUAUCAUGCAAAAAUAGUUUAUCGUUCAUUAACCUAGUUGCACGAUAUCUCCUUCUGACAACCAACAGUUCAGGAGGAUUUAAGAUUAGCUCGAAUCAUACCGCUGACCUGAUCAAGAACAUUGUUUGCAUCUUUGCACUGCCAUGGGUUCCCUGUUAGCAUGUUGCCACUUGUUAGCAUGGCAGCACCUGUUAGCAUGUUAGCCAUGCAGGGAUGGCGAGGAAAGGGAAUAUUUUGUAUUUUUUUUAGGGUGAUAAAUGAUCAAAGUGCUCAAAGGGAAAGUUUUUACGUUUACAUUGUCAGCGUUUUUAUUUUUCCUAGUAGUUGAUUUCCCCAGCAGCACAACUACCUUCCCCCCCCCCCCCCCCCCCCCAUCACCCCCAUCCCCUACGGUAUCUGUAAUGAUAACAUCUAGAAGUAACAACACUUACAUGUAGUAGUCAAAACAUGUAGUACUUAUUACAUGUAGUAUUGUUGACAUGAACUACUAAUGUAGUAUUCAUAACAUGUAGUACUAAUUACAUGUAGUAUUAAUAACAUCGAGUACUUAAAACAUGUAGUACUAAUUACAUAUAGUACUUAAUAACAUGUAGUACUAAUUACAUGUUGUACCAUUAGAUACAUGUAGUACUAAAUUACAUGUACUACAUUACAUGUAGUACUCUUAAUAACAUGUAGUAAGAAUUAUUUAGUACUAAUGUAGUACUAGUUCAAUGUCUGCUCAUCAUUCUUCACACAAUCACAAAGACUUGAAAGGAAGCAGAUCUGUAUAAUAGUGAGGGUUGCCGAAAUGGUCGCUGUGUGAGAUGAACUCAUGCCGCAGACCGGAUUGAUAUAGACCUAGUUAGCCUGCAGGUGUACUGCUAACUACCUAGUACUACUUCUUAUGACUACAUGAACUGAUCUGCCAAAACUUGAUAUGUACUAUGAACUGGAAGGGAGUUCUUUACAAAUAAACCAGCAUACUGUAAACGGUACAGUACUGUAAACGUGACUCUACUGUCUGCUGUACACAGGGUACAGUACUGUAAACGUGAUUACUGUACACAGGGUACAGUACUGUAAACGUGACACUCUACUGUAUGCUGUAGACGGGGUAGAGUAGAUCCACAUGUAGAAUAGAGGUCUGCCAACGGCUUGAAUGUAUUUCAUCACCUUUGUUUUUAGUGGAAAUGGAGGGAAAAUGUGUAAACAAAUGCUGUAAAGUCCUGUUUAUCAGAUCUCUUUAAUGGCUAUGCAACACUAGCGCCUUGUCUGGUUUGGUGAGUGGGCGGGGAAAGAAACGGUUGUCCUUUCCCUGAUUGGUCGCGGACUGGCCUGAUCUACAUCAGAGGAAGACUGAAAUAAAGUGUUCAACGAGUACAACUAUAGAGCCACUUGUACUUCACAAUAAUCAUUUAUAUAUAGAAUAGGUGUAUGUAUAUAUCUAGAUCCUAUAUACUCUAUAGAUGUAUAUUGUAUAAAUUGAUUAUGGUAUAUAGGAUCUAUUAUAUAUUAUACAGAUAUAGGAUUAAUUAUGCCAUAAUAGGUACGAGUAUAAAUAUAUAAAUAAAGCUAACUUGUUAGCAUCAGCUCAUUAAUCUGCACGCUGUACCAAACCAGGCCUCAAGUUGUCUAAACAAACAAAGUUAGCCUUGCACUGUCUCCCUUCCAAACUGUGUUUAUGUGUUUUCCUGACUGCAGAUCAUCAGUUAGCCAAGUUGAUAUUUAACAUCUCACUCCAUGCGAGAAGAUUACUGGCUAGGCUAGGCUAGCAGCAAGCUAAUGGUUGGUUUGAAUGAACCAGUGUUAGCAGGAAGCUAAAGGGCUAACUGGUGGUUUGAUUUAAUUGAUUUAAUGGAGUGUUGGUCCCCCUGUAAUGACGAGAUGUAAUGUCAGGGUUUCAUGCUAACCAUGCUAGCCAUGCUAGCCCACUGUGAUCCCUGGCCAGUCCACUGACUAAACUACGGCAAUAAAACUCACUUGAUGACUA